AUACUUUCGCGCUAGGCGGAGACGAUUAAAGGCAAGUGCGACAUAAACUUUAGUUAUUUAAUUCGCUCCAAUCAUUAUCCCCUCAGCUUCAAAUCACUCUCCCUUCCUGUCUUUCUCGCCCGUCCAGCACUUGCAUGCAACAGCAGUCCAUCAUGAGUUCUUCUGACCAUCAACAUGCUCGCAAUCGUGAGGAUUCCGGAUCACCAACGGAAACACAUGCGCUUCUGCCCAGGUUCCUCCCUCAGACAAUCCACCCCGAUGGGGAAAGUGGCAGGCGUGGCUUCAACCCUGCGCACUUCUUCAGCGUUCUCUGGCGCAGUUCAAAUCAGGUGUCAAUGGCGGUCAAUUUCCUCUGGCCGUUUUGCUUCUUGGCAGUUAUCAUGAAUUUCACGGCUCCUCAUCUCAACAUCUGGGUGUUUAUUGUCAGUUACAUCGGGAUGAUUCCUGCGGCGAACCUUCUAGGGUUUGCUGGCCAAGAAUUUGCUCGAAAGAUGCCUAAGGUUUCAGGAAUUCUCAUUGAGACUACUUUUGGGUCAAUAGUUGAAAUUGUUCUGUUUCUGAUUUUAAUCAUCAAACACAAAGCCGGAUCUGGUGAAGACGCAGCUGAGCAUGGAAAUCUCAUCCCGAUUAUCCAGGCAGCAAUCCUUGGCUCAAUUCUCACUAACUUGCUGCUAUGCUUGGGCUUGUGUUUUGCCGUAGGCGGAAUUCGUCAGCAAGUCCAGAAGUUCCAUGCGGCUGUGAGCGAAGUCGGGAACGGUCUGCUACUUGUUGCUGGCUUCGGGCUGCUUAUACCAAGUGCGUUUUAUUCGGCGCUGAAAGGCUCUGCAAUCCCGCAGUCUAGAGGACCUCCACGACAUCACGGUUUCACAGAUAAGAAGUUGGAGCACGACAUACUUGGAAUAAGUCGCAUCACCUCUAUCUUGUUGAUUGUCGCAUUUGCCAUGUACAUUUGGUAUAAUGCACGGACGAACCACAGCAUUUUCGAUGAAGUUCUAGAACAAGAUGAGCAUGCUGAUCUUGAUCACCAUGCAGAUUUAGCCAAGCCGAAAUUUACGCUGACGGAAUGUAUGAUUGCUAUCACUGCAUCUAUUGUUUUGGUUAUAGUAAUGGCUAUUCUCCUUGUCAAUCGAAUUGAAGAUGUUGUCGAAGGGGGUGUUCCUGAUCAGUUUCUUGGCUUGAUACUUCUUCCUCUUGUUGAGAAAGCUGCGGAGCACCUGACUGCAGUUGACGAGGCAUGGGAUGGGCAGAUGAACUUUGCACUUUACCAUUGCUUGGGGCCUUCGAUCCAGACUGCUCUUUUCAACGCUCCAUUGGUUGUAAUCGUCGGCUGGGUUCUGGGUAAACCAAUGGAUCUGAAUUUUGAGAUCUUUAUGGUUGUUUUACUUGUUUUGUCUAUCUCAGUCGUUGGAAACUUUCUCCGUGAUGGGGAAUCAAAUGCUCUUGAAGGUGGCUUAUUGGUUAUUGUCUAUAUGAUUAUAGCGGUCGCAGCUUGGUACUACCCUGACCCGGAUGUUGCAACUUCCAAUGGGAUGAUCCUUGCCAAUAGGCUAUACAAGUGAGUAGGGAGCGUACAGAUUGUGAUAUUAGCUAGGCUCAGAAACCUAGUGUCUAGGCUAUAUUCUUAUAUACUAUUCCACUACUCUACUAGCUAGUAUAGUAUUAUUAUUAACUAAGUCUAUUAGUUUCUAAGUUUACUUAGUAUUCUUAUUAUAAAUAGUUAUAUAAUAUAGUAGAUAUCUUAAGAAAUA